CGUCUCGAGAGGUGGCUGGACGGCGCAGGAUACAAACCAACUGGAGGGGUGGAGCACCAUGGGGCUCGGGACGUCGACGUUCGUGAGUCCGUUCUCAACGUGCAGUAACGUUCUCAGCAAUCCGCGCGUCACACAAGCGACGUGUUCGGGAGUGUGGGAUGCGAAAGCUUCCGUGUGCACGAUCCAAGUGCCAUUGAUGCUCUCACCGCAGUGCAAGCAACUGGGCGGCGUGUGGAUUCCAGUCGCACCGAUGCCUCCGAGGCCAACGCCACCUACGACGACCAUGCCGGGAACCACGGCGCCGGUAACUGAAAUAGGCACAACAUUACCGCCACCGACCACGCCGCCACCAACCACGCCGCCACCGACCACGCCGCCACCGGAGACGCCGCGUCCAUCAACGCCUGCCCCGACAACGACGUCGCCACCGACGCCACCACCGGCGCAGACGGCGACGACGUGCGCCUGCACCAUGGGGUCGGCGUGUCCGUCGUCGGGCAUGUGCGGCGGGUGCCUCGCCAACGGCGUAUGUACGAGUGCGUUCUCUGUGGCAGCUGACUGCGUCGUCUUGAACGUCGGUGCCAAGUGGUGCGGCAAGUGAGCUCUUUGCGGCCUGGACGCGUGUUGAUUGAAGGAAAUUCAACCAUCUAUUUCUACAGCAAUUAACUCCAAGACAAAUGUUGUUGAUGCCGUCACGCUUCCAUCCUUGCGUGAUACCAUCA